AUGGUAGGAGAUGGCUCCGAGACUCAUUCGAGCGCAGCCCGCUCCAAAUCCCCUAUUAAGGUGCAGGAUGAGCUCGAAUGUGCCCUCGCAGGCAAGGCACUUUUAAACAGUCCACGAUUCAACAAAGGCAGCGCCUUUACCGCGGAGGAAAGGGAUGCUUUUCAACUCAAUGGGCUCUUACCUACUGCCAUUCAUACUCUAGGCCAACAGACGAAGCGAGCGUAUGAGCAAUAUCUAUCGUACGAGCAUCCCAUUGCGAAGAAUCAGUUCUUACAGAGCUUGAGGGAUCAAAAUGAAGUUCUUUUCUAUCGUCUUAUCUUGGACCACCUCAAAGAGAUGUUUAGCAUUAUCUAUACCCCCACCGAAGGUGAUGCGAUUGAACAGUAUUCACACCUGUUUCGGCGACCCGAGGGCUGUUUCUUAGAUGUUGAGAAUAUUGAUACGGUUGACGAGGUUGUUGGGCAAUGGGCUCAUCCAGAUGAUAUAGACUACAUUGUCGUGACGGAUGGAGAGGAGAUACUUGGUAUCGGUGAUCAAGGGGUUGGAGCGAUUGGGAUUUCGACUGCUAAGUUAGCCCUGAUGACACUCUGCGCUGGGAUCCAUCCAAAUAGGACUUUGGGCGUGGUUUUGGAUUGUGGAACAGAUAACGAAGAACUUCUCAAUGAUGACCUAUACCUCGGGCUUCGACAGAAUCGUGUACGCGGGGAGAAAUACGAUGCCUUUGUUGAGGCGUUCAUCAAAGCUGUUAAAAAGCACUACCCAAAAGCUUUCCUCCAUUUCGAAGAUUUCGGGCUUACGAAUGCACGUCGACUACUCGAAAUAUACCGCCCGCAGCUUCCGUGUUUCAACGACGAUAUACAAGGUACCGGUGCUGUAACUCUUGCCGCAAUCAUGUCUGCAAUAUGGGUGUCAAAAGUGGAGCUGAAUGAUAUCAGGAUGUUGGUUUACGGUGCGGGUAGUGCUGGAACGGGAAUCGCGGACCAAGUCCGCGACGCCAUGGCAGAGAUAGGUGGAGUGGAUAAAGAGGUGGCGAAGAAACAAAUUUGGCUGGUUGACAAGCCUGGAAUCUUAACAUUAUCCCUCUCGGACAGCCUAACGAAUGGCCAAAAGCCGUAUGCACGUCCCAACGAAGAAUUCUCCGAUAUCGAACAUAAAUCUCUCAUCCAGGUUAUCCAAAAGGUAAAACCACACAUAUUAAUAGGCACAUCCACCCACAAGGGCGCGUUCACGGAAGAUGUAGUCAGGGAAAUGUCGAAACACGUGGAACGACCUAUCAUCUUCCCUCUUUCGAAUCCUACAAAACUCGUGGAAGGUCAGCCGGAGGAUAUUUACAACUGGAGCUCCGGGAAGGCUUUAAUUGCUACUGGAUCGCCGUUUAAACCCGUCGAGUUCGAGGGAAAUAAGUAUGUCGUAGCUGAGUGCAAUAACGCAAUGAUCUACCCUGGAAUUGGACUUGGCUGUGUUCUUUCUCGCGCGAAUACACUUUCUGACGCCAUGCUUAUUGCGGCUGUCCACGCUCUCGCGGCCGAGGCGCCGGCAUUGAAGGACCCGAAUCAGGGCCUCCUGUCGGACGUGAAGGACGUUAGGAAGAUGAGUAUGAAAGUGGCCUGUGCAGUUAUCAAGAAAGCUGUUGAGGACAGAGUCGCGACAGCUAGUGACAUUCCAGCAAGCCAGGAGGAGUUAGAAGCGUGGGUAGAGGAACAAAUGUGGGACCCUGUGUAUCGGCCGUUGAAGAAGGUUCAUCCAGGCACCGCAUCGAGGGAUGCAAAGGGGCAGGUUGGGUCGAAGAGCAGUCAGUAA